GCUACAGCAGCGGGGGACAAACGUCCGAGCUGAAUUUUACACUUCUCACGUCUACACGACAUACAAAACAAAGAGAUAUUCAAAGCAACAUUAAAAAAAUAAAAAUAAAUAAAUAGUGACCUCUCUAAAAUGGUGCUGGACAGAGUCCAUGUUUUCCUGCUUUGAUAAUGAAACAGUUGCAUAAACUCUCUCCUUCAUUACAUAAAAUCUGUCAGCCGAACGCCGACCAGACUCAGACGUUACUCAAUAUAAUAACAAGACAACAGCAUGCUUUCUGCAACUAUAGCAAAAAAGGUUGGAAGUUCAAUUUGCCGGGCAUCACUGCAGACAGCUCUUGGUACAGUGAUUUCUCGAGGUUACCGUGGUGAUGCCCCAGAACCAACCAUGAUUGAGAUCCCUCUGCCCCCGUGGCAGGAGAGGACUGGCGAGUCCCUGGAGAUCAAAAAGAAGAGACUCCUCUAUGAGAGUCGUAAGAGAGGCAUGCUGGAGAACUGUAUCCUUCUGAGCCUUUUUGCAAAGCAGUACCUGAACACAAUGAGCUCAGCUCAGCUCAAACAAUAUGACAGACUCAUCAAUGAACCAAGCAAUGACUGGGACAUCUACUAUUGGGCAACAGAGGCUCAGCCGACACCUGACGUGUACCAGGGUGAGGUGAUGGACAUGCUCAAAGAUUUUGCCAAGAACAAGGACAUGGAACAGCGUCUAGAUGCUCCCAAUCUGGAAUACCUCGACAAGAGUUGUUAAUACUCACACUUCUGUCAGAGACUGUCAUAACAGCCCAAACCUGAGCUCAUAUGAGCACCUGUGUGACAUCCUGUGUGUAGAGGAGUCACAUGACAGAGGUCAUAAACAUCUUAUUUAAAGGGCAGACACGUGCGCCUUUUUAAACAACAUUUUGAGAUGUUUCGAUGUUCUAACACACAUUUUCAUGUGCAAAUAUUUAUAUAUUAAACAGAUUGCAUGUCUACCCAAAUAAACUGUUAAACAACUUG